UUUUACAGGAAAUACUGCGUUUUGUUAUCCAUUACAACCCUUCACAGAAAGUGUGGAUCAUUAUCUGAUGUGUUGAGCUCAUCAACAUCCUCAUGCAAUUGCUACAUUCUUCGUAAGCGGUAUUUUUGGUAUGAUGCGUUGACAUCCUCAGAGACCCACUGAGGUCUCUGUGGCAACAGUAUACUGAAAAUCUGACUUUACAAUCAUCUCUGCCAGCCGAUGAUGGCUGCAAAGUACAAAGUCACAGACCAAGUGUAUUUUGAUAUAAGCAUCGGCGGUGAACACGUUGGAAGAAUCGUUCUUGGAUUAUUUGGAGAUGUCGUUCCGAAAACUGUGAAGAAUUUUCUGACGAUCGCAUCGGACGGUAUUGACGGCAAAACCUAUGCCAACACAGAAUUUCAUCGUGUGAUCAAAAAAUUUAUGAUACAAGGUGGAGACAUUAUCAAACAUGAUGGUUCUGGUUCUAUAAGCAUCUAUGGAAAAUAUUUCCCUGACGAGAAUUUUGAAAUAAAACACACUGCGCCUGGUUUCCUCAGCAUGGCAAAUGCAGGAAAAGACACUAAUGGCUGCCAGUUUUUCAUCACCACAGUGGCAACUAAGUGGCUUGAUGGUCAUCAUACUAUUUUUGGCAAGGUAGUUGGCGGCCAGGAUGUUGUCCACAAGAUUGAGCAAGUUGAAACUGAUUCAGAGGACCGACCUACCAAAGCGGUUGUCGUCACGGAGUCAGGAAUCCUUCCCAUUACAACAGCCUUCUACAUAUCAGACCAGUCCAAUGAGUAAAUAAUAUUCAUUUGCCUAUUAUUUUGGCAUUUGUGUAGUUACUCAGGCACCCUUCAUUCCAUAUAUUGUUCUGAGCUUCCUAGACGAGGAGUAUUUCUUUCUGCGGGAAAUACCGCUCUUUGAUCUCUGGGACAUUGAAACAAAUACAAGUUAUAUUAUUAUUAUAUUAUAUGUUAAUUUUAUUUGUAGGAGAGUACAUAUUUACUAUGCAUUUACUGAAGUUGUAUGUAAAUAAUUGUGAUUUUCCACAAUGACUGCCACUUUGCAAUUCAUGCACAAAAAGGCAACUUUUGUAAACUGAAUGAAGUUGAGUUAGACUUCGCUAGCCUAUAUAUUAGCACAUUCACUGCCAGCAUAUAAAGAAGCUUAUAAGAAA